GGAUACAACCUGAGCUAAUCAAGAUGGCUUCCUCCACGCCUUACCUUGUCCUACUCUUGUGCCUCACCACUUUCCUGCAGGCAUUGCUUACUGCGGCAAAUUACCCACCGCCGCCGCCCCCGCCGUUUGAGCUGCCGGAGUCCGAGGUGAGGGAGAGGUUCUCCAAGUGGGUGGUCAAGUACUCAAAGCACUACUCGUGCGAGCAGGAGGAGGAGAUGCGGUUCCAAGUGUUCAAGAACAACACCAACGCCAUCGGCCAAUUCGACCAACAGAAUCCUGGCACCGUCAUCGGUCGCGGGUUCCAGCCAGGUGGGUCGCAGACCAACAGCAGGGGCGGGGUCCGUAUGAACAGGUUCGGCGACCUCAGCCCCAGGGAGGUCAUCCAGCAGUUCACCGGGCUCAACACCACCAGCUUGAAUGCCACGUCACCCACCUACCUCCCCUACCACUCCUUCAAGCCCUGCUGCGUUGACUGGCGCUCCAGUGGCGCUGUCACCGGCGUCAAGAAUCAAGGCACUUGUGGAUCGUGCUGGGCAUUCGCGGCGGUGGCGGCCAUCGAAGGCAUGAACAAGAUUAGGACAGGGGAGCUGGUGUCGCUGUCCGAGCAGGAACUCGUGGACUGCGACACCGGGAGCAGCGGCUGCGGCGGCGGCCACUCAGACUCGGCUAUGGCCCUCGUGGCCGCCCGUGGUGGCAUCACGUCGGAGGAGAAGUACCCCUACGCCGGAUUCCAGGGAAAGUGCGACGUGGACAAGCUGCUGUUC